GGUUUAAAACCAUAAAUUUCAAAAGUUUUACAGUCACACUAAUGCUAUGGCUUAUUCAAGACCACAUAUCUCAAAAGGCCUGUCCUGCAUGCACAAUCGUCCCAUGUGAGUUUUCCCAUGCUAACGCAGCAUCUGGGAUGGCUGUGCAUGACGAUUGCAAGCUGAAGUUUUUGGAGUUGAAGGCAAAAAGAACUCACCGGUUCAUCAUCUAUAAGAUUGAAGAGAAGCAAAAGCAGGUUGUUGUGGAAAAGCUUGGUGAACCAACUGAAAGCUAUGAGGAUUUCACCGCAGGCCUCCCUGCUGAUGAGUGUCGAUAUGCUGUCUAUGACUUUGAUUUCACUACCGAAGAAAACGUCCAGAAGAGCAGAAUAUUCUUCAUUGCGUGGUCACCUGACACUGCAAGAGUGAGAAGCAAGAUGAUUUAUGCAAGCUCCAAAGACAGGUUCAAGAGAGAGCUGCAAGCAACUGAUCCUACAGAGAUGGAAAUUUUUAUCUUAUGAAAAGCUUUUCCUUGAAAAAUCGGCAGUACCUGAAGUUCAACCUGUAAAUAAUAGUACUCCUAGUUACUUUCUGAAUAUA